AUGUUUACACCAGUCGGUUUUCCGACUUCAACGAUCGCAGCUGCGAUUUUGACCUUGUUUCUUUCGUGUACAUGUCUGCUCUACCUUGCUAGGUUGAUUGCAGGCUCAUCCAGGAGAUACUCAUACCGAUUUUCUCAAAGCGUACGACCAGUUCAGGAGAAAGCCGGCGCGGGCAACUCGGACCAGCCGAAUUAUGAGGCUGUAUUCCCUCCUUCUCAACGGCAGACCCUGACCGGACUAGACACAAGAUUUACCGGGAUUAAGGCUAUUGAUCUGUCCACGCUACCAAGGAGCAGUCUCGUGAAGCUGCAAGACGAUUACCGCAAUGCAAAGCCAACACAGUUUAUUUUCAGCGGAUUUAAGAUUCACGACAUCCGUCAAUUGGGUAGCUUUCCAGACUACGCAAUUUUGUCCGGCGUCCCACCGCCGGCACCGCUGAAAUCGUUCAACAUCGAAAAGGCACUACCACGACCGUACCGUCCAUUCCGAUGGCCGUAUCAUCAGACUAUGUCUCUGACGAAACUGGAUCCGGAUUUUUGGAUUGAGCUAGAAAGUUCGUACCGUGAACGGAUAGCACAACGGGAGAAGCUUUUUGCGGAACAUGGAAGCAACGUUCUUGCCGCUUUGCCGGGCUCAGAGCUGGCCUGCAUCGAGCUCAUGGAGAUGGUCUUACAGUUUAUAUGUACACGGUACCCUAAUGAGUUUCGAGUGGAAAACGGGGUUCUAGUGAACAACAUUCUGAAGACUCGAACGCACCUGUCAACUACGCCAGCCCUGGAAGUGCUUUUGCACAAUGUGCCUGAAGAUUUCGCUAUUGUGUUGCGUGAUGAGGAGACAGGGCGUUACGUUCUUCGUGCAGGGAUGGUGUGCUCUUCCGUGGGCUGGAAACUCAGUGAAAAGGUUGGUCUGGGGCUGCCAGGAAUACACAAGUAUGUCCCGGACUACAAAGAGAAAAUGGAGUUCAGUAUGGAUCGAGAGUCUCAAAACCCGAAGCUACAACCUAAAGACAUCAACCUCCGUGUUGACUGGCAAACUCUACGGCGACUGCCUCUUUCUGGCGGUGUGGUAUUUAACUUCAAGGCACUCUUCACACCCUUGUCUGAGCUCGAAAAUGAGCCUUACGUCCCAUCUCUUUUACUCACCGUUCUUCGUGGCGGAAAAGAAAACUUGAUGAGGUACAAAGGUACAUGGCACGUGGAACACAUUGCAAAGCCGACGCUGGAAAAAUACAAGCAGUUUCAGAUCAGCAGUGGGAUGAUAGAGGAUAACUGGGAGCCGCAGUCGCUCCCCGAGCAGCCCUUUUUCAGGGGCUGGGAAAAGAAGUGGGCCUAA